AUGCCAAAUCAAAUUCCAGUCGUCAGCGUCAUGGGUCCCAACCACGAUCAAUCAGAACACACGAGAGCCCGAAAAAGAAAUGAAAAUAGAUCAUUAGCUCCAAAUGCAAAUGCAUGUCGAUUCUCCAUCUAUGACACCCUCUUUUUUAUUUUUUUUUAUUUUUUAUCUUUUAAUUUUUUCUUAGUGCGCCCCACUCAUUAUCACCGACAGUGGUGGCCUCUCCACCGGAUGGCUAUGCUUCAGCAGUCCACCACAGAUAUAAACCCACGGCUCGUCCACAAGGCAUUGUCUAAAUCAGAACACAGCCAAGUCUUGAAUAUCAGGAAAGAUCUAUCCGGUCUCAAAAUCUCUCUCUACAAACCACACUCUCUUCCAUCACACAUCACACACUCCUUACACACUUCUACAAUGUCCUACAAGACCAACUACGAGCCAUACAACAGUAUGGACUUCGACAUGGAAAGAGAACGCUCCUCAGAGGAAGUUCUCUACCCAUUAAUAGACCUCUACCCUCACGUCGUCGCUCUCCAACUCCAAGCCGACGGGCAAUACUUCAACAGAUCCGACUCAGAUUCGGGAUAUCACAGCGUCAACUACUGGACCGAUUCAUCCCCAACACGGUCUACUUUCGAGGAGGAAUCAAGGAUGAGUCGAAAAAGCAAUGAAUCUACGAAAGACCGCUUCGUCUCAAAAAUCCGAAAAAUCCUCUGUCAAAACGACCUGCGGCGACGAACCAACUCGAAUUAA